CCAUCACUGAUAAAAUUUUAGAAAAAUCUUCGCCCCUAUGUUUGUAAAGGCAGAAUAUCGAUUAAUAUAUUGAGAUUUUUAGAAAUAGAAUAAUUAUAUUACUUUAAGAUUACAACAUAAUUACCUAAUAGAGCAAAUCCAAAAUAAUUACAUAAUUAUAUUUGUAUUGAACCAACUGCUUCCUGUGAUUUCAACUCAAGUUGGUGUCCUGUAUCUGUAAAAUUAUGAGUUGCUGUCGAUAAUUGACCAGGGUUCACUAUUUGGACUCCCCUUUUCGCUUUCUAAUGAAAUGGUUUUACUCAACAAACCUUUGUAUUGUGUAAUUUGUAUUUAACAAUUGCAGAUAUUGACAUUGCUUCGAAGACUGCUGGUCUCCAGUUCUCCGCUUACUGACUUGUUUUUCAAAAAUGUGGGUGUGACGAAUGAUGCAUCACAAGGAAUCGAUAUUAAAAACAUGAUUCGAGUUAAAAGAGAAAGCAACACAGAAGCUGAAUCAAAAGAAACACACAUCAAUUUGUUUUUAAACAAGUCUACGAAAAAAGUGUCAUUUGUAGAAGUUGAAGAAGAUUAUGUGAACUUUAUAUUUAGUUUCCUAACCUUGCCUCUUGGCGCCCUGAUCAAGCUCCAAAAUAACAAGUCGUUCUUGGGAUGUGUCGAUAACUUGUAUCGAAGUGCCACAAAGGUUAGUUCAGACAAGUUCAAAUCUGAGGAAUGCAGGGAUAUUCUUCUCUCUCCUAAGCUUGCAUCAUUUUUUGGUUACACUGGUAACAUGCUAAAGGUGGAUGAAAUUGCACCCCCUAAGGGUUUUUGCCGUGGUUGUUACAGUUGCUUCUGGAAUAAUAAUGAUAUAGAUUGUGAAGCUUCAGAAUGUGUCCACGGCGUGAAGCGGGCAGAUUUUAGGAUGUUGAAUCCAAAAUCUCCUGAGGGAAGAACAGAAACAGGUGGUGGAUAUGCCAAGGGGAAAUUCCUGGUGACUACUGAUCUUUGUGUGUCUCAAUUAUCCGCCUCUUCCUCGCUCCAAACUGUCAAGAGCCAGGAUCUUUCGUUCAGCGAUCUAGAGAUGAAGAGGGCCGUAUUUGGAGAAAUGCAGGCUCUUGAUCUACUUAGAUCUGCCGUAACCUCUAAAACUCCAAUUGAUGACGUGCUAAAUAUUUUCGGAAAGCGAAGGUGGAAUAUGAAUUUGGUUGCUAAAGAAGAAAUUAAGCCACUUGAUUAAUUACGUGGCUUUUCCGCAAUGAUUUCGGAGCUUUAUGAACCAGCAACUGCAAUGGCGGAUCGAGUAUUAAUUUCUGGAAAGUGGUAUUACCAUAUAGUUAAUAAGUUAUAAAAUUUACAGCUAUUUUUGUUGAAUUUUUUUACUUUGAAAAAUAAAGUACGCUCUCUCAUUAUUAUUA